AUGAUUGGUCCUGAACGUACACAACUAAAGCACAUUGCUUUCGGAGUUGCGGCAUCUGCAUUGUUUUGGGAGAACAGGAAAGAGUAUAUAAAACAAUGGUGGAGGCCAGGGGAAACUAGAGGAGUUGUUUGGUUGGAUAAGAAUGUGGAAGCCAACAAAAAUGAAAAGUUGCCCGAGAUUAGGAUUUCUUCUGAUACUUCUCAAUUUAAGUACUCAAAUAGGCAAGGUGACAGAUCAGCAGUGAGGAUUUCAAGGGUGGUUUCAGAGACUUAUAGAUUGGGAAUGGAGGGUAUCCGAUGGUUUGUGAUGGGAGAUGAUGACACUGUAUUUAUGGUUGAGAAUGUGGUGAGAGUAUUGUCUAAGUAUGAUCAUAAUCAGCUUUAUUAUGUUGGGUGCUCGUCCGAAAGUCAUGUCCAAAACAUGGUUUUUUCAUAUGCUAUGGCAUUUGGUGGAGGUGGAUUCGCAAUAAGUUAUCCUUUAGCGGUGGAGUUGGAGAAGAUGCAAGAUCGAUGCAUUCAACGGUAUCCAGGAUUAUAUGGAAGUGAUGAUAGAAUGCAGGCUUGCAUGGCAGAACUAGGCGUUCCACUUACCAAAGAAUAUGGAUUUCAUCAGUACGACGUAUAUGGGAGUCUAUUAGGACUUUUGGGAGCUCAUCCAUUAACUCCAAUUGUGUCACUACACCAUCUCGAUGUAUUGGAUCCAAUAUUUCCAAAAAUGAGCAGAGCUCGUGCCAUUCAUCAUUUAAUUGAAGCAUCCAAGUAUGACAGUGCCAGUAUAAUUCAGCAGUCUAUCUGUUAUGACCAUAAACGUCAAUGGUCCAUUACAGUUUCAUGGGGCUACGUUGUUCAAAUCAUAAGAGGUGUGCUCUCUCCCAGAGAGUUAGAAAUGCCAACAAGAACGUUUCUUAACUGGUAUAAGAGAGCCGAUUACACUGCAUAUGCAUUCAACACCAGACCAUUCUCAAGGCAACCAUGCCAGAAGCCCUUCAUUUUUUAUAUGAAUUCGAUCACAUAUGAUGAAAAAAGGAAGCAAAUCAUUUCCAUUCAUUCUCGUCAAAAUGAUAGACACCCUUCUUGCAGAUGGAAAAUUGACUCCCCAGAACAAAUUGAUUCAAUUAUUGUCAUGAAAAGACCAGAUCAUGAUCGUUGGCUAAAGUCCCCGAGGAGAGAUUGUUGCAGAAUUUUGCCAUCAACUAAAAACUCAAGUAUGAACAUAUGGGUUGGCAAAUGCAGAAAAGGUGAAAUUAUUGGAGUAUAG